UGCAGGGGUAGAGAGACGGCGGCAGUGGUGCCCAGCGCCCGCCGGGUUCCGCACCCCGGCUCUCCGGCCCGCGCGCUCGGCCACCCUUCUCCCGGGACGGCGGGUUGGGAACCAUGAGCUCCUACCUGGAGUACGUGUCUUGCGGCGGCGGGGUGGGAGGCGACGUGCUGGGCUUCGCACCCAAGUACUGCCGCGCCGACGCGGUCUCGGGGCAGCCCGCCUUCCCCCUGGGCGGCAGCGACGGCGCCUUGGGGGCCACCCGAGCCGCGCCCUCGCCCUCGGCCCCGGGCGCGCCCGCGCCGCGCCCCGCUCCGCCCCCGGCCGCGCCCCGCUGCUACGCGCCGUGCACCCUGCAGGCCGUCUGCGAGCGGGGCUCCGCACCUGCCGCCGCCGACUACGGCUUCCUGGCGCCGGCUCCGGCCUUCGACUUCCCGGGCGCUCUCGGGCGGGCUGCCGACGGCGGCGGGGCGCACGUCCACUACGCCGCCUCGGCCGUCUUCUCCCCGGGCGGCGGCGGCGGCGGCGGCGCGGGCUCCUUCCUGCUCAGCGGCCAGGGCGACUACGCGGCCUUCGGAGAGCCGGGCCCCUUCCCCGCCGACGGCCACCCCGCCGCCUUCCAGACGGCGUCCCCGGCCCCCGGCGCCUACCCCAAGUCCGCCUCUCCCACCUCCGGCCUCCCCGCCGCCUUCGGCACGUUCGAGUGGAUGAAAGUGAAGAGGAACGCCCCGAGGAAAAGCAAACUGUCCGACGUCGGAGCCGCCAGCCCCUCCAGCGCGAUCCGCACCAAUUUCAGCACCAAGCAACUGACAGAACUGGAGAAGGAGUUUCAUUUCAAUAAAUACUUAACUCGCGCCCGGCGCAUCGAGAUCGCCAACUGCUUGCAGCUGAAUGACACUCAAGUCAAAAUUUGGUUCCAGAACCGCAGGAUGAAACAGAAGAAAAGGGAACGAGAGGGGCUUCUGGCCACACACGCAGCCACUUCUGUCCAGCUGCCCCUCUCGGAGACAAGCCCCAGCAAGUCUGGCAGGAGCCCAGGAAGUCCGUCCCAGGCCCGAGAGCCUUCCUGAGGUCCACUCUGGAGGCUGAGGAAUCUUGGCCUACCGAAGCCACAAGCCACUCCCACCCCGCUGCCGACUUAAGAACUCAGUUAGCAAUGGAGGUGGGCUUGGGCAGACAUGAAUAGGGAUCUCACUGGCAAAAGGAAGUGUCUUAUUUGGCUUCUGAGUCCUAGAGGCCAAGUGGGUAGAAGAGAUAUUCAUUUGUUAUCUCUUGUUUGCAUAUUAUU